UUUUUCAUGAAAAUUAAGCAAUUUAUUCCCAUUUUUAACUUUAGUACCUUCGUAGUAUGGUUAUAAACUUACAUUCCUAAAAUUAAUCUUAAAUAUCAACCAAAUGCGUAAAUUCAAAUUUCCCGCCACGCGACGGUUUAGUGAAUGAACAUUUUUCCCGAGGCGAUCGCUUAUCAUGCACAAAUUCUCCGCUCUAAAAAUACACACGCGAUAAGAAAAAUAUACACAUAUAUACGUACAGCAGUAGGGUUUAGAGAAACUUAGAGAGAGAGACAGCGUUAUACAAAGAAAGAGAUAGGCAUCAUACGAAAAGUGACGUGUGUUUGACUUUUCCUUUCGCUUUUCGUGGAAACGAGCGCCGAAAAUGCUGCUGUUGCUGUCGCCGUGUUGGUGCUGUUAAUGUUGCCAGUGUGCAUCGAGUAUUCAGCGAGUGCUUAGUUAGUGUGUGCGUCGUCGUGCAGUUUCGUUUCUUCGGUUUGUCGAAGGGGAGCUGCCUCGAAAAGCUCGCGAAGAAUGCAAAAAGACGAGUGUCCUUUCGUUGCGACGUCGGCGCUAUGUCAAAGAUUUACGUGAACGAGAUAAAAGCUGUAAGAUUAGGUUAGAACCGCUCGACGGAUGCUGCGACUGCAGCUGAUGAAUAAUGUAUUAGAAUAAAAGAACGAAUUAUAAAAGAAUUCAGCAAGAUGAAUGGAAUAAUUCCUGAAAUGGAGCAGAUCAUCAGUCAGCUUGAAAGAGGGACUGUGGUCACCAAGUUCUUUCCAAGAAAAAGACCAGAAAAGAAGACAUUAAUGAUACGCAGAGAAACCAGACAAAUAGUUUGGGCAAGAAGCACCACAUCAAGACCUUUUGAUGGCUCUGUGGAUAUUCGAGAAGUGAAAGAAAUAAGAAUUGGAAAGAACUCAAAAGACUUUGAGAAAUGGCCAGAAGAUGCUAAACGAAUUGAUAAUCUACGUUGUUUUGUAGUUUACUAUGGCUCUGAGUUCAGACUAAAAACUCUUUCAAUAUCAGCUCUGAGUGAAAAAGAGUGUGAACUCUGGAUUAAAGGACUUAGACACUUGAUGCAAGAUACUAUAAAUGCUCCAUACCCAUUGCAAGUUGAAAGAUGGCUAAGAAAAGAAUUUUAUGCAAUGGAAAAUUCCAGAGAAAUGGUUACUUUAAAAGAUGUCAAAGCCUUUUUACCAAGAGUAAACUGUAAGAUAGCAACUAACAAACUCAGAGAAGUUUUUCAAGAAGUCGAUACAAAAAAUAGAACUGAAAUAGGAUUUGACGAUUUUGUGAUACUUUACCAUAAACUUAUGUUUGAUCCAAACGUGAGCAAUUUAACAUAUUGGACAAGACUGUUAGUUUAUUCUAACUCUGGGAUGUUGGUGACACUACAAGAAUUUCAAAAUUUUCUACUCACAGAACAACAAGAUCCUUCAGGAAAUAUUGAAUCAGACGUUUCGCUUUUUAUUCGCGAGUAUCUGCAAGAUCCUCAAAGAGACGUUCAGGAACCUUUUUUUCAUUUCUCUGAAUUCAUAGAUUUUUUGUUUUCAAAACAGAAUGAAAUUUGGGAUAGUCAAUAUGAUCAUGUCUAUCACGAUAUGACUAGGCCUAUGUCUCAUUAUUGGAUUGCUUCAUCGCAUAAUACUUACUUGAUGGGUGAUCAAAUCAGUAGUGAGAGCAGUUGCCAAGCAUAUGUUAGAGCUCUGCGAGUUGGUUGCAGGUGUAUAGAACUAGAUUGCUGGGAUGGACCAGAUGGGAUGCCUUUUAUAUUUCAUGGACAUACUUUGACGACGAAAAUCAAAUUUUUAGACGUAAUUAAAACAAUUAAAGAACACGCUUUUGUCACUUCCGAAUAUCCUGUGAUUCUCUCAAUAGAAGACAACUGCACACUACCGCAACAGCGGAAAAUGGCUGUGGCUAUGCAGGAAGUCUUUGGCGACAUGUUGCUGGUUCAACCCGUCGACAAGAGUGAAUCCACUUUACCCUCGCCCUACGCUCUGCGAAGAAAAAUUCUACUCAAGCACAAAAAGCUUCCCGACGGCGUUGACGAAAGUUCCUUUGUCAUUCGAAACGAUGAAAGCCGUCAAGAGAUGGAUUUGAGAAACACUAUUAAAAAUGGUAUAUUGUAUCUGGAGGAUCCAGUAGAUCGAGAAUGGAAUCCACACUUUUUUGUCCUGACGCAGCAGAAACUCUUUUAUACAGAUACUUUCUCAAAACCGCAAGAAACCGAACCGGACGACGAUGACGAAGCCGUUGUUAGAACUCCCGGUGAUGGUGUUCCAAACGAUGAAUUACAUUUUGGAGAAAUGUGGUUCCAUGGUAAAUUGGCCAGAGGAAGAGAGGAAGCUGAAGAACUUUUACGAAGGUAUUCCAAUUUAGGAGAUGGAACGUUUUUGGUCAGGCAAUGCGUGACCUUUGUGGGAGACUAUUGCUUAUCAUUUUGGAGGAAAGGAAAAGUCAAUCAUUGCCGUAUCAAGUUAAAACAAGACAUGGGUCAGACACAGUUUUAUUUGAUAGACACUCACUGUUUUGACAGUUUAUACAGUCUCAUCACUUAUUAUCGUAAUAAUCCUCUGAGAAGCCAGGAAUUUUUAAUCACAUUACAAGAACCUGUACCGCAGCCAAGUAAACACGAAGAAAAAGAAUGGUGGCACUCUGAAUGCUCAAGAACAUUGGCCGAGGAAAUGUUGAAGCGUGUACCAACCGAUGGAGCGUUUUUAGUGAGGCCAAGCGAAAAGGAGAAUAAUUGUUACGCCAUUUCCUUCAGGGCUGAAAAUAAAAUAAAGCAUUGCCGCAUAAAACUUGAAGGACGGCUAUAUGCAAUCGGAACAGUGCAAUUUGAAAGUUUGGUGGAAUUAGUCAAUUACUACGAACGCCAUCCUUUGUAUAAAAAAAUUAAGUUAAGUUUUCCAGUUAAUCAAGAAAUAGUCCGGCAAAGAGGUUUGGAUGUUGACGACGGUUCCGUAUAUGGAAUUCCGGGCUAUAUGGAUCCAACAACUUUUGUUUCAAAAAUCACAGUCAAAGCAAUGUACGAUUACAAGGCUCGUCGAGACGACGAAUUAACUUUAGUAAAACAUGCUAUAAUUACGAAUGUAAAUAGACAACAAAACGGUGGUUGGUGGAGAGGUGACUAUGGUGGUAAGAAGCAGCACUGGUUCCCGGCCAAUUACGUUGAAGAAAUCGAGCAAGAUAAUCAGACGGAUUCAUCAGAUUCGAUGAUGCUGGGAAAUUUGCAAAAAGGCUCUUUAGACAUAAUAGGCGCUGUUGUGGAGUUAGCCAUGUCCGACCGACCUGGUUUAGAAUGGAUUUUACGGAUACAGAAUCCAAGCAUGUGCUCUGUUUUCGAGGCAGCAGCUCCAUCCAAAGAUAUCGCCGUCGAAUGGGUACAAAAAAUUCACGAGACUGGACAAAACGCCAGCGUCAGGGAGAAUCAACACAAAGAAAUGGAAAGAGCUUGGAGGAUAGCAAAAGAAAUGUCCAAUCUCAUAGUUUACUUUAGAUCAGUAGCCUUCAACGUGGAGCGGCUACGAGCCAAGGGAUUUAUUUUCAACGAAAUGAGCAGCUUUCCGGAGACUAAAGCAGAAAAGCUUAUGUGCCAACAAGAAAACAAAUUCUUUUUACGUUAUCACCAGGUGCAAUUCAGCCGAGUCUAUCCCAAGGGCCAACGAAUAGAUUCUUCAAAUUACAAUCCGGUACCUAUGUGGAACUCGGGUUGUCAGAUGGUGGCCCUAAAUUACCAAACAGGCGAUAAGCCAAUGCAGCUAAAUCAGGCGAAAUUUCGAGAGAACGGUAACUGCGGUUAUCUGUUGAAGCCUGAUUUUAUGUUUCACGAAGAUUUCACUCCGUACGAUAAGAGUUCAUUGACCGGAGUGGACACGUUAAAGAUUACGCUGCACGUCAUAGGUGCAAGACACCUAAGUAAGCCGGGAAGGGGCACAGCGAGUCCUUUCGUACAAGUCGAAGUAGUGGGUGCAGAUUUCGAUAGCGGCGUUAAGUUAACGACUAAGACUAUUACCGAUAACGGUUUCAAUCCCAUGUGGAACGAAUCCUGUGAGUUCCUAGUAGCAAAUCCAUAUUUGGCUAUGCUUCGGUUCGUUGUUCAAGACGAGGAUAUGUUUGGAGAUAGCAAUUUUAUUGGACAGGCAACUUACCCUAUUCGCUGCUUGAGGACAGGUUACAGAAGUGUUGUUCUGAAAAACAGUUAUAGCGAAGACCUUGAAUUGGCGUCUCUCCUAGUGCAUGUGAAAAUUAUUAGCUCAGGUGACUUGAUGCACAAUAAUACUCCAAAACACGAUGGACGAUCCAUUGCUCUGAACUCUCGAGCCGUGGACAGAGAUUCACAACUUUCUGGAAGAUUGCACGCCUAGUAGCGAGCCAAUUCUAGUGUAAUAUGCUUCACGCGUAUACUCGAUAGUAUACUGACGCGCAGUUACAAAGCAUUAUACCAAUAACGUACGAAAUCAUGAAUUCGUAUAAUAGAAGGCAUGUUUGUUUAGCGAUGCGAGCUUCAAUGCAGAGAAGAUUACUUUGUAUACACUUGCGAUUGCUUUGGUUACAGAUUUUAAUGUAUAAAGCUUUUACGAUGAUGGAAAUUUUUGCUUAAAGGUUUCAAUACUUCGGUAUUUUUAACGAGAAUAUUUUAAAUGAAUUUUAUUUAACGCUACCGAGCGAUGAUGUAGUAGAGGAUAUUAAUGGAAUGAAGAGAGAUAUAUUUAUACUCGAAAAUUUUACUUUAGAAAAGUUGAUAUACCAUUUUCCAUGUAUAAAAAAAAACAUUUGUUUUGCGCGUAUUUUUAUACAAAAACAUAUUUUAUACUGAACGUUUACGUGUAUAGGCGAUCGAAAGCGUGUCUGUUAAAAAGCAUAAUGAAUAAUGUUGGAUGAAAAGCAAGUAAAGGUGUAAUGUUAGAAGUUGCGAUAUUCAGGCAUUUCAUUAGUUUUUAUUAUAUUUAUUAAUCUUGACUGAGUGAUGUAUGGACUUAAUUUUGUCAUCGUCCAUACUUUUUAAAAUUUAACUGAACCGCAAACAAGUUCGAAGCAAUAUGCAAGUUUAGCGCAAAAUUAAAAUAUCAUGAGUUCUUCCAUAUAUAUAUAAAAUGUUUUUAAUUAUAAGUAUAUAUUAUAUACAUCAAAUGCGUGCUGUUUAGGAGAUAUAUAUAUAUUAUUUUGAUUUACCAAAUUUUUACGUUAGAGGAGGGAGAAAAAAUAAUACACAGUAACAACUUUUUUCGAGGUUUCUGCUUGGAUACGCCCGUUACAGCCGGCGAGCUGCACACAGAUGUUUAACUAUAUGUUAUUAAGCGAAAGCUCAUUUAUUAGCGAAUCGAGGAAUAAUCUAAAUCUGUUGUACUGGAAAGUGAAUAAAAUGUUUUGUACGAA